AGUUGGCUCAUGUCAAAAGCUGGCGAUUUGUUGUUGUUCUUGUUUAUACAACCUGAGAUAAACUGCUCCCCCGGUGCGGAGGAAUAAUCUGCCAGAAGGCGAUACGUCACAUCUCUGAAAAUGCCCCGGAGAAAGAGGACCGCAGGCAGCAGCUCGGACGGGACUGAGGACUCGGAUUUUUCCGCCGACCUCGAGCACGCCGAGGUUAACGAGAGCGCGCACAGGCGCAGCAGCACGCGCCUGACUCGCGCAUCACUGCGCCUCAGUCAGAGCUCGCAAGAAAACUUCAGCUCAGUACGGAGCAGUUCUCCUGCAGCCGCGGGUCCCGAUGAAGGCCUGGAUUCAGCAGCAGAGUCGGCAGCAGCAACAGUAGUGGCAGCGUCUGUCUUUUCCUCCGGACGCAGAAUCACACGAAGCCAACAGGGGGCGACAAACACCACGGCCAAAAGAUAUCCACUGCGUCAGAGUAGGUCGUCCGGCUCAGAUACUGAAGCUAAUGCAGACCUAAAGCAGGGGGCAGACCGGGACGAGACCCCUCCUCGCACACCUACAGGCAACGCCCCAUCCUCAGAGUCCGACAUCGAGGUUUCCAGCCCAAGCAACGACCUUGUGUCGUCUAGCAACGAUAUUGUAGUUUCACAAGAGGAGGACGAGAGAUUGGCUAAAGAGCUGUCACUCAAAGAGGCCGCCGCCCACGACCUGUCCCACCGACCCAAACGACGGCGCUUCCACGAGAGCUACAACUUCAACAUGAAGUGUCCCACACCUGGGUGCAACUCACUGGGUCAUCUGACAGGGAGGCAUGAGAGACAUUUCUCCAUAUCUGGAUGUCCUCUCUACCACAACCUCUCUGCUGAUGAAUGCAAGGGCAAGGCAUCAACGCGUGACAAACAGGCUGAGGAAAGGACGCUGUCACACCGUCAGGACGAGAACAGACAUUCCACGAGAAACCAGGCCCCAACAGAGCGUCAGCUCCGCUACAAGGAGAAGGUGACGGAGCUGAGGAGGAAGAGGAACUCUGGCCUCAAUAAGGAGCAGAAGGAAAAGUACAUGGAGCACCGUCAAAGCCACGGGACGAGCCGGGAGCCACUGCUGGAGAACAUCACCAGCGACUACGACCUCGAGCUGUUCAGGAAAGCGCAGGCACGUGCCUCGGACGACCUUGAGAAGCUCCGCUUGGCCGGUCAGGUGUCGGAGGGCAGCAACAUGAUAAAGACCAUCGUGUUUGGUCGCUAUGAGCUGGACACCUGGUACCACUCUCCAUAUCCAGAGGAGUACGCCCGACUGGGGAGGCUCUACAUGUGCGAAUUCUGCCUUAAGUAUAUGAAGAGCCAGACCAUUCUGCGCAGGCACAUGGCAAAGUGUGUGUGGAAGCAUCCUCCAGGUGACGAGAUCUACAGGAAGGGGAACAUCUCUGUCUUUGAGGUGGACGGAAAGAAGAACAAGAUUUACUGCCAGAACUUGUGUUUACUGGCGAAACUCUUCCUGGACCACAAGACUCUGUAUUACGAUGUGGAGCCUUUCCUCUUCUAUGUCAUGACUGAAGCUGACAACACGGGGUGCCACCUAGUCGGAUACUUCUCUAAGGAGAAGAACUCUUUCCUGAAUUACAAUGUGUCCUGCAUCCUCACCAUGCCACAGUACAUGAGGCAAGGCUACGGCAAGAUGCUCAUAGACUUCAGUUACUUACUCUCCAAGGUGGAGGAGAAAGUGGGUUCACCUGAGCGUCCUCUGUCUGACCUGGGCCUUAUCAGCUACAGGAGUUACUGGAAGGAGGUGCUGCUGCGCUACCUGAACAAUUUUCAGGGCAAAGAGAUCUCCAUCAAAGAGAUCAGUCAGGAGACGGCUGUGAACCCGGUGGAUAUUGUUAGCACACUGCAGUCCCUCCAGAUGCUCAAAUACUGGAAGGGAAAGCACCUGGUUUUAAAGAGACAGGACCUUAUUGACGACUGGAAGGCCAAGGAGUCCAAACGGGGUAAUAGCAAGACCAUUGAUCCUGCAGCCUUAAAAUGGACACCACCUAAAGGGACGUAAAGGAGCUUCCUUUCACACUCCAGAACCACAAAAUACACACAAACACAGACAGAUCCUCCUCUGUACACUGGCAUGCUCACAGACCCUGAGCCUAAACCCUCACACGCUCUCUUGUACAAAACGCUUUCAGCAGCUACAGCGUAGUCAUUCACUUACAGAGUCAACCAUUACUCUGGGUUCAAGCAGUCACUGUAAAGGCUUCAGGAAAUGGACUUCAGUCCAACGAAUGAUAGAAAAUAAAACUGAAAAGAGGCAAACACAGUAUGUUCCAGUAUUCAACUUUUCAAACUAGUGCAUGUGAUCAGUUUGUAAGAUAUGGCUCUGCAAAAUUUAACCAAACUGUAGUCAGUUUACAUUAAGAGAUCAGCGAGGGCCUUCUAAUGAAAUGUACACCGGAAAUUGUACAUGCUAAAAAAAAAUGUGACCAGUAUAUGAAAAAGUAAUGGUUAAUUAAUGGGAAUGUGGUGAACAGGUGAACAUGUUUUUAAAUACUUGAGUUAAGCUAAUUGUAACAGAAGAGUUAUGGUUUAUAUGUACUUGAAGCAAUAAGCAAUAAAAACUAGACUCAACAGCCUGGACAGCUAUAUCCCGCUGGCUGUUACUCACUUAAAUUAAAGUGAUAUAUUAUUAUUUUAGAUUUUAAGUAACUUUUCUUCAUCCGUGCUUUUAUCAAUAACACAUUCUUAUUAGAAAGAUUUCCUGUUGCCUUGUCACUACUGUCCUUCAAACAAUAAACGCUAUCGUUUAUUUAAAAUGAGUAGCGCAUUUGAAAGCAAGCACUACGUAGUGCUUGCUUUCAAAUGACAGCCUGAAGAAUAUGGAGCCUCAAAGUGAUCAAUAUUAAAUAAAUAAAUAAAUAUUCACCUAAAUUAAGUCAUAUAUAUAUAUAAUGGUCUAUAUAUUUUUAAACUAACAAGCUCAACAACUGCUACCAGAUUUAUCCAGUUCCUGUUAGCUAAAGCAACAAUACCAAAGUAACUCUGAAUCAGCUAUAUAGCUGCUGUUGUAAACAAACACAAUACACAGACAUAGGCACUAACUUUCUCUUUUUAUUUAUUUAGAAAGUUGCACGUGACCAACUAGCUGGCUUACUAGCUAGGCUGGGUUGUUAGCUUUUUUUUACUGCUCAGCAUCAAAGUAAGGAGCCAUUUUUUGGCAGCUGCUAACAUUAGCUGCUCAGAGUUACUUCUCUUCACUUUGAUGCUGAGUAAUAAUCCAACUUCACAACCUGGCCUCACUAGUUAGCCAGUUAGGUUGGUAGCAUGAGCAGCCGUGUUAAGCUAAGCUUUAAAAGCUAAAGCGCUUUCAUACUGUUGGAUGAUUCAGAAUAUACUUUGACAGGGUUGUUGCUCUAGCUAACAGGUGCCAUUUGGGUAAUUCUGGUAGCCGUUGUUGAGCUGCUAGCUUAAGAAAGGCAGGGGGCCAUGAUUGGCUCAAAGGUGAGAAGCUAGUGACAACGUUACUGUCAUUAAAAGUGACUGUAUGAAAUAGCAUUUGACAUGAAAUAGUGUCUUUGGGAAAAAACAGCAUUUGAAAUAAAAUAUAAUAUUCAGUAAAAUUUUGUUAUCAGUUAUUACAAGAUGAUGAUUUGAGUUUUAAUAAUUUCUUCAGCUGUUUCUCAAACUGUUUGUUUCUUUAUUUAAUAUUUAUAUUACACAGUUUCUUGGAAUAUAUAUAACAAAAUAGAGGAUAAGCCAGUAUUCACCAUUUAUUUUUUCAUUUUCAGGCUUCAACUAAGAGUCUUGUCCAGUAUGCUGUUAGUGUGGCUAAAAUGUAAAAUAAUGGACCUAGCAGCCAGUGAUGUCAGUCUACGUAGGAUGGCCUCUGACAUCUCCUCAACCUCAUUUGUUAUCUGAACAGUGAAAGUAAUUGUGCAUUGUUAGCGCACCUCCCUCCAGACACUUAAUUAGCACAGACCACCAGGCACACCCUCUAAUCCAAUCUGCGACAGCUGUUAUUGAACCUGUGCAGCAUUUCAUUCUGUUCUCAAGACAGAGCGCAUGUCAGCAGCACGCUGACUCAUGCAACACGGUUUGGCAGACAGAGACCAGCUGGCUGUUAUUAAACAGGACAAGGCCUGGGUUCAAAAUGCGUCAACUCUCGAAGAAUAGGAGCCAUGACCUCGAUUGACCGUCCAGGUCACAUGACUAAAUAGAGAGUUCCCACACAAACGGGAAAAGACAGUGAAAAUGAAUUUGUUCAUUUGCACAAGAGAAAAUAUGGAAAGGGUAAAAAUGAAUUUCAGCAAUUCCAUGAAUAAAAUAUUAUCUAGUAUUUAGGAUAUUGUCGUUGCACAUACUGUGGCAGAUCAGCUGUAGAGUGAUGUGUCGUCACAUCAUGCAUCCAAUCAACUAAUGUUUUGUUUACUUCUUUGCAGUCUCUUUUGGUGUAAGAAAGAGAAAAGAAAACAGUGGCUGUUUGAGCUCAGAGCAAAUGUACUCCGCUUCUCUCUCAUGCAACAAACACACACAUUGUGUCCAGUAUUUAACCCAUUUCACUUGUCAGUCAGUUAGCUGGGAAGCUAUAGCUGCCAUUGGUCAUGCUUGUACUGUGUUAUGUCACCAGGAUGGGACCUUUUGUUACCACCUGUCAACCUCCACCCCCACCUGCUUUUUGUUUUUCUGUUUUUUUUUUUUUUUUUUAAUUUAUCUUAGUUUUAGCCGCGUUAUUUCAUGACGUCUACACCUUUAUUCCGAACGAGAAGGUACAUGGGGAAUCUCAGUUGCUAGGAGUGUGGGAGAUCACAAACAUAUUGCUGUGUUUUCUGUUCUUUGUGUUGGUUUUGUUAAAGUUCUCAGUGAUAUUUUACACUUUUUCUACCUCUAAGGUUUUACCACUGUAUAAAAGCUAAAACGGCCCCUUUUUAGCUGGUUUUCUCUUCUUCGUUUUUUUUUUUUUUUUAAGUUCUGUGUGUUACCAUGAAAAUAUUUAGCUGUGUUUGGCCAGCAAGUUUUUUUUUAACUAGAUUUUUUAAAAAAACAUGCUAUUUAUAUUCUUAAAAAAAAAAAAAGAUGUGUUAACUGCGUAGAACGUAUAAGACAAAGUCUGGUAGGGGAAUGUUUACUCUAUAGGGCCGGCUUCCUUGUGAAUAGAAAUAUUUAUCUAAAAUUUAUAUGUAGAUCUGAAUGUGUUUAGAAGCUCUUGGGCAUCCACCCACCACUAACAAAGACAAUGACAGUAGUCAUUUUCAUUUCAGAGGUUCAUCUCCUGUCAUCAAAAGUGACGUGAUUGAAUCAAAAUGUGUCACUUUUGCACAUUGUCACUAUUUGUUACCAACAUAAUUGCUGCUGCAAGCAUGGAGGAAAAUCUGAGCACAACCUUUAUGUGUUAGACCAGUGAACAUGGUCAGCAGCAGUUUUUUUUUUUUGUUGUUGUUGUUCUUUAUAGUCCACAGUGUUUGAUUGAUAAGUGAUUUUAUUUGAUUGACAAUCUCCAUUUUUAUUGAUUUAGAUCGACAUGUUAAUUGUGUAACCAGCUCUUAGGAUUUAACAUUUGGGAACUAUGCAUAUUCACUUUCUUGUCGAGAGUUAAAUGAGAAGAUUGGUACUGCUCUCUUGUCUGAAUGGUAAAUAUGACGCUACAGGCAGCAGCUGGGUAGCUUAGCUUAGUGCAAAGGCUGAAAACAGCUUGUAUCUGGCACAUAAAUCUCCAUUAAAAGUGUCACUUUUACAGUCUGGUUUUUGCUCAGAUAAAACAAACAGGGUAUAAUCUUUUCAUCCCUGAGCUUUAGUCAGCAGAAUUUUAUUACUUUCGGACAGAGCCAAACUAGCUGUUUCCCCCUGUCUUCUAGUCUUUAUGCUAAGCUAAGUGGCUAUUCUACAGAAUUACCAUACAGACAUGAGAGUGAUAUGGGUCUUAUUUUAAUCUUGCCAGGACUGUGAAUAAAUGUUUUUCCCAAAAUGUCAAACUGUUCCUUUAAAGAUUGUGCAUAAGCUUAGACAGCAGUUGGCUGUGAAAUUGGAGGUGUUUGGCCAACAAUGUCAGAUCGAAUCAGCUUUUUAUUCCAGAAUGCUUUGUUGUUUUGUAGCUUUUGUGUCACUAUUUCAAACGUGGAGGAAUCAUCUUCUUUCACUAACUACAGCCUGAAGUUACACUUGUUUUUCUUCUGUUGCCUUUAAAUUGCAUAAAGUUGAAGAUGUU